CCUUCCGUCCCCGCCUCCGUGCGUGCUCCUCCUCAAAGCUCUGUGUUGCUACUGGCUCGAGGCAUCGAUACCAGAGUCACUAGAUAGUUGCAUUUUUGCACUCGGGUCCGUUGGGUUAAUUAGCUUCACCAUCAACCUAUCACCAUAUUUUAAUGCAAAUUAAUUGUUACAUCCUCUGCCUGAGUGUUGUCUUUAAUCAUGAGAGUCCUUUUAUUGAGAAAAAUUAAUAAUGAUAGAGUCAACUGCGGCUGCCUCACCAAGGACACAUUAAUUCAGUGUGCGAUUCGCUCGGGACAAACACAGCCGCCUCAGAGCAUGGUGCUUGCACUGGGAAGUGGCGAACCGGCACGCAGUUGCCUUCGGUGCCAUGGGGACCUUGCGUCAGGUGUCAGGGGAGGAGCUCGAGGCUCUCAGGGACAGGAUGACCCAAUACCUGCCUUACUCUGCUGGGAUCCACGGGUUCAUCGAGAUGAUACUCAAGUGCCAAUUGCAACAGAUACUUGACGUUAAGGUGUACAUUCCCGAUACCCCUCAACCUUCGUCUCUUGUUCUGAUCACGCCCUCUUGUUCUCAACCAAACAUACAGAGUGUGACGAUUUUCUGGGAUACAGAGGAGGAGGAGGACAAAGAUGUUGUAAGAAUGCUGAAGACUUUGCCUCAAUGGGACUGGUCAGCCCCUAUUUACUUCAGACUUAAUCCCACUGCUGUUUACAAUAAGUUGCAACAAUACAUGACGGAUGGAAUGCUUACAACUGCACAGAUGCGUUGUCACAAGAUAAUUGAUGGGCAUCUUUUUUCCUUGGACAGUCCAGAUGUUCCACAUUUCAAAAUCCCUGAAGGAUUUUCGAUCAACAGUCUCCAACCUGAAGACAUACCGAUAGUUAUCUCACAAUGGGAGAGCAAGUGGUAUGAGACCCAGGCAGGUCUGGAGUCCCUAUUGACCAAGUUGCCAUCAGUGGCCAUCCGCAGUCACCAGACAAACGGCAGUGAUGAGUCGGCAUCAGAGCACUCAACAGAACGCAGUCUAGUCGCCUUUAGCUACCUAUAUCACAUCGGCUUGUUGGCCAACAUCUUCACCAUGCCCGAGCACCGGCGCCGCGGGCUGGGCAGGGCAGUGGCGCUCACCAUGGUCGAGAAGCUCCGUCAGAAGAAGCUGCCGGUGCGCUCGGUCGUGGACGGCUCCAACGGCGUCUCCAUCAGCUAUCACCAAAAACUGGGUUUCAAGAAGCAGUGCAACAUGAAAAUAUUCCUUAUGUUACCUGUUGGAAAGACGAUGGAGGAUUAUAAGAAUGUAUUACUGUUCACAAGCAACUCCACGUCACAACAGUACCGUUGGUGCCAUGAGGACCCUGCGUCAGGUGUCGGGGGAGGAGCUCGAGGCUCUCAGGGACAGGAUGACCCAAUACCUGCCUUACUCUGCUGGGAUCCACGGGUUCAUCGAGAUGAUGCUCAAGUGCCAGUUGCAACAGAUACUUGACGUUAAGGUGUAUAUUCCCGAUGCCCCCCAGCCUUCGUCCCUCGCUCUAGUCACACCCUCUUGUUCACAACCAAACAUACAGAGUGUGACGAUUUUCUGGGACACAGAGGAGGAGGAAGACGAAGAUGUUGUAAGAAUGCUAAAGACAUUGCCUCAAUGGGACUGGUCUUCUCCUACUUACUUCAAAUUAAGUCCUACAGCCGUUUACAAU